AUGAGCUCUACGAAACCCAAUUUCUUGAUCAUUGUGGCAGAUGAUCUCGGGUUCACAGAUCUCGGCAGCUUCGGUGGUGAGAUAGAUACUCCAAAUCUGGAUGCAUUAGCUAAUGAGGGCUUGAAGUUCACGGGGUUCCACACUGCUUCUGCUUGUUCUCCGACAAGAUCGAUGCUACUCUCUGGCACUGACAACCACCUGGCUGGUCUUGGACAGAUGGCAGAAUAUGCGAGGAAUUUUCCCGAGAAAUUUGGCGGCAAGCCAGGCUAUGAGGGCUAUCUAAACUUUAGAGUGGCUGCUUUACCUGAAAUCCUAACCCCAGAAUAUUAUACAUUUAUUUCAGGAAAGUGGCAUUUAGGACUUGAUGAACCGUAUUGGCCGGACAAGAGGGGGUUCGAGCAGAGUUUUACUCUGCUGCCAGGUGCGGGAAAUCACUUCAAAUACGACACUUCUGAAAAGGAGUUCAUGCCCUUCAUUUAUCAGGAAAAUGGCCGACGUCUAGACCCUGAGAAAGAGCUGCCAGACGACUUUUAUAGUACCGAUUAUUUUACCACGAAGUUUCUAGAAUAUUUGAAGAACGAUGAAAAGCGCAAGGGGAGGCCCUUCCUAAGCUUUCUCACAUACACAGCACCGCACUGGCCGCUUCAAGCACCUGCCGAGACCAUCAAUAAGUACAAAGGUUUCUAUGACAAAGGGCCUCUCGCACUUCGUAAGGAAAGGCUAGCGAAAGCUGCGAAUCUAGGAAUAAUUGCUAAAGACGCCGUCCCACACUUGGUGGAAACCAAAGAAGAAAAGGCUUGGGAUGAGCUUGAUAAAGAAAAACAGAAUAUCAGCGCCAGGAAAAUGGAGGUUUACGCUGCCAUGGUCGAUGAGAUGGAUAAAAAUAUUGGUCGCAUCAUCAACCAGCUUAAAUCCAGUGGGGAAUACGAUAAUACUGUGAUAUUGUUCUUGUCAGAUAAUGGUGCCGAAGGUAUGCUUUUGGAAGCCUUACCAUUCGGAGGUAAAUCCUUUGCUGAUAAAAUAACUAACAAGUACAAUAACGCAUUCACAAACAUUGGAAAGGGCGAUAGCUUCGUCUACUACGGGGACCUUUGGGCGCAGGCAGCUACAGCUCCUAGAUAUAUGUAUAAAAUGUGGGCAACUGAAGGGGGCAUUAAUUGUCCAUUGAUAAUGCACUACCCAAAACUCGCCAAAGCAUGGGCCGCGCAAAAUGUUGUUCAUGAGUUCACAACUGUAAUGGACAUAUUGCCCACUGUACUUGAUUUUGCCGACGUGCCUCACCCAGGAAAACAUUUCAAAGGACGGGAAGUCCACAUUCCUAAGGGAAGUUCAUGGGCCUCUUUCCUCAAUAAGUCUUCAAACAAAGUUCAUGACGAUAACACUGUCACAGGGUGGGAACUUUUUGGUCAGCGUGCAAUUAGAAGGGGAAAUUAUAAAGCCCUGUACGUGCCUAAACCAUUCGGGUCAGGAGAAUGGGAGCUAUAUGACCUGUCAAAAGACUUGGGCGAAACAGUCGAUCUGAGCGGCGAACAGCCGCGCUUAUUAGAUGAACUCAUAAAUCAUUGGGCCAUAUAUUCAGCCGAAACAGGACUCAUCGAAGCAAACGAAUAUCCUGAAGGAACUGAAUAUUUUCCUAAAAUUAUAAAAGACGCAUGA